AGAAAAUAAAGCCUGCAUACUCUGGACUCUGCAUGACUCUUGUGCAUCCUUAUUGAAGCCUGACUGAAGACUUUGGCACUCAUUUUUCUGAGAUUUUUGGUAUCUGUUGUGGGCACUUUUUUCUAGACCUAAUUUGAUCGUUUUGGGGACACACUUGCCACAUCAAACCCUAGCUAUUUUUGCAGGAUGCAUGCGGCCUAGCUGACUGGGCUGCAGGGUGCUGGUGUGGUGCAUUCACCUGAACAGCACCCAACUCAUUAACAUAAACCCCGCUGACGUCACUCUUCUGGCGCGAAAAACUUAGUUGUAGUGAGCGACUUUUCCCGGGAACUGCCUCACUUCACCCAGUCGACUCGUUUAUUCUAACACAACGCAGAGUUUUCUUUUUUUCCUCAGCAACAUGAUCGGACAGAAAAGUAUCAGUUCAUUUUUUUCGCCAGUUUCCAAAAAGAGGAUUUCAAAGGAUCUGGAUGAAACUAAAGAGGAUGCAGCGAUCGGAAAGAAGAAGCUGAAGUCCUCCGCCGCAGAGGGAGAGCCGACGUCCCCUCCGCCUCAGGCUCUGACCCAGGAGCAGCUGGACCGGAUCGCCCAGAACAAGAGAGCAGCUCUGGAGAAACUCUCCUCCAGUCAGGCGCCUCCUGGAGUCGGGGAGAGCUGGAGGAAGGGGCUGUCCGCGGAGUUUGGAAAGCCCUAUUUCAAACAAUUGAUGGCCUUUGUUUCUGACGAGAGGAAACGCCACACAGUGUACCCACCUGUUGAACAUGUCUUCACCUGGACUCAGAUGUGUGACAUACGAGAUGUCAAAGUGGUGAUUCUUGGCCAGGAUCCGUAUCACGGUCCCAACCAAGCCCAUGGAUUGUGCUUUAGUGUGCAAAAACCAGUUCCACCUCCACCAAGUUUGGUGAACAUGUACAAGGAGUUGGCCUCUGACAUUGAAGGCUUCGAGCACCCCGGGCAUGGAGAUCUGACUGGUUGGGCUAAACAAGGUGUGCUGCUGCUCAACGCUGUGCUGACUGUCCGAGCACAUCAGGCCAACUCCCACAAAGAUAAAGGCUGGGAGACCUUCACUGACGCUGUGGUGCAGUGGCUCAGCACCAACUUGGAUGGUCUUGUCUUCAUGCUGUGGGGUUCGUACGCGCAGAAGAAAGGGGCUGCUAUCAACAGGAAACGUCACCACAUUCUGCAGACCGUACAUCCAUCUCCUUUGUCUGUUCAUCGCGGCUUCUUUGGGUGCAAGCAUUUCUCAAAGGCCAAUGAGAUGCUGAUCAAAUCUGGAAAGAAGCCUAUCGACUGGAAGAUGCUCUGAAAUGUCAGCCAUGGUGCAUGUGUGUCGAUCAACUACAGAAAGAGACCAACCCAUAAGCUGAUUUUCUUUGCUUUCAACAAAGCAGUUGGCACAAUUUCCUUUCCUAAAAGUGUUCAUUUUGGCAGUUUGCACUGUUGUGUGUUGCGCUACACCUUCAAUUUUCCUCUUCUUCUGAUACAGCUGUAUAGGUUUUCAGCUGCAACGCUAUAGUCAGUCGAACACUGUAAAUAUGUUUGUGUAUGUUUUUUUUAGCACAUUAAACUUUUUUUUUUUACUGAAACUUUGA